AUAUACAAGGAUGUUGAAGGAAGGAUGACACAGUGGGACGAUAUACAAGCAAAGUUAGGGAAUUUACCUCCAAAGCCUGCUCCGUUCAAACCCCCUGUUUUCACUCCAGCAGAAGAUGAGAGUUCGAAACCAAAGGACAGAGCCUGGAUAGAUAAUAAAACUGAAGAAGACCUUGAGGAUCUCGAAGAUGAUCCUGAACUUGAUGAUGACUGUUUUCUUGAAGAAUACAGAAAACAAAGACUAGCAGAGAUGAGAGAAGCUGCAAAGAUAGCAAAGUUCGGAUCGGUAAUGUCGAUAUCAGGUGCAUAUUUUGUUCGCGAGGUGUCCCAUGCUCCACCAGAAGUUUGGGUUGUAGUGUGUUUGUACAAAGAAGGAAUUGCGGAGUGCGGGGUAUUCUUACGGUGCCGGGACGAAUUAGCUACAAGAUAUCCAGCAACAAAAUUCGUCAAAAUAAUAUCUACAGAAUGCAUUCUGAACUACCCAGAUCAUAACGUUCCUACUAUUUUGGUUUACAAUAACAGUGUUGUCAAAGGAACAUAUAUAGGCUCGCAUCAUUUUGGACGAAGCUGCACUGCUGAAAAUGUUGCUUUAGUGCUCUGCCAAUCCGAUCCUGUAAUUAAUGAUGGCCAGAGUUCAAGUGAAUCAUCUAGAGAUGUAGUCCUCGAUCAAGUCCGAAGAAACUUUAUUGAGAAGGUUCUAACAGAGCGUGAAGAUGCAGAUGACGGCUACAAUAGUGAUUAG